UCACACAUGAUGCGAACCUCGCGCAUAUCCCGCGACACUUCCAAAGUCAUCUCCUCGCUCGCCGCGAGUCGCGCGCCGCGCCCAUUACGUCAAACCCGGGCUGGUGCGAGUGCAGCCACUCGAGACUUUUCCCUAAACGCCGUUGAGGCUAGGAAUGUCGCAAGGGAACGGGAUCACGAGUCAGCCCCAGCAGGCAACAUUGGAGAUACGCAGUCAGAUUCGGAAUUGAGCUCGCCGCCAGAAGACUCAGGCCCAGAUGAAGGGACCAUGUCAAUCAGGAAGAGGAAAAGGGGGCAAGAUGUGCCAUUGAAGAACACCAUUAAACAAGAGAGCAAAGACAUAUCGAUAACGUCCAUUGCGUCACCAAAGAAAGGACAUGCAAAGCCGAAGAAGGCGCGCCGGGUUCCCGCAAAGAAGACUAUCACCUCAGAUGGCACUGUCAAGGUUGAGCCCCCGGCGAAUUGGGAAGAGAUCUAUGCUCUAACCAGGGAGAUGCGCAAUGAGAAUGUUGCACCUGUUGACACUAUGGGCUGCGAGAGUCUAGCCGACCGAGCUGCGAGCCCGCGCGAUCAACGAUUCCAGACACUGGUGGCAUUAAUGCUCAGCAGUCAGACCAAGGACACUGUAACAAGCGUUGCGAUUAAAGGGAUGCAGGACAACAUGUCUGGAGGCUUCAAUCUUGAAUCUGUGCUAGCCAUCGAACCUCCUGCGCUGAAUGCAUUCAUCUCAAAAGUCGGAUUCCACAAUUUAAAGACAAAGUACAUCAAACAGGCUGCAGAGAUAUUGCGAGACAAAUGGAAUUCGGAUAUCCCAGAUACCAUUGAAGGCCUCACUUCCCUCCCUGGAGUUGGUCCGAAAAUGGCUUACCUGUGUAUGAGUGCCGCAUGGGGAAGGGAUGAGGGUAUUGGUGUCGAUGUACACGUUCAUCGUAUUACUAACUUGUGGGGUUGGCAUAAGACGAAGCAGCCUGAAGAAACCAGAGCUGCUCUUCAAUCAUGGCUUCCAAAGGAUCGUUGGCAUGAUAUCAAUAACCUACUCGUUGGGUUCGGUCAGUCCAUUUGUUUGCCAGUGGGGAGGAAGUGUGGUGAUUGCAAAUUAGCUGAUCGAGGUCUCUGCCCCUCUGCUGUAGUGGGUAAAACAACGAAGGUGAAGAAAGAGGGGAUUGCCUUGAGAGUAGAGAGGAAUGAUGGCGAGGUGUUUGUACACAGGAGUAUUGGUGUGGCUGAGGAAGUGGGCAUCAAGGACAACGACGUGCAAGAUGCAGUUCCAGACAUAGAAGACAUAGGGAAGCCUCGUAGAAAAUCUUCCCGCAUGAAGCUGUAGGUUCAAUUUCAGCUACCUACGUUUACA